UGUCACCAAAUAAAACUACAACUACCAGAAUGCAACGCUUCCGUGCGUCGCUUUUUACGUAAUGGACAGCUCCCCGGAUGCGGCUGUGAUUGACUAGACCAAGCAAAAAGAGAUCGAAAGCCAAGUGGCGGUGCUGCAGCCCCAGUGGUCGUAGGCAGGAUGCAGACCAUAAAGUGUGUGGUGGUAGGCGAUGGGGCAGUUGGGAAAACCUGCCUACUCAUCUCUUACACCACCAAUGCCUUUCCUGAAGAGUAUAUUCCCACAGUGUUCGACAACUACAGCGCUCAGAUGAGCGUAGACGGUCGCACUGUCAGCCUUAACUUGUGGGACACUGCAGGCCAGGAGGAGUAUGACCGCCUUCGCACACUCUCCUAUCCCCAAACCAACGUUUUCAUCAUCUGCUUUUCCAUCGGCAGCCCCUCCUCCCACGCCAACGUCAGGCAUAAGUGGCACCCUGAAGUGUCUCAUCACUGCCCAAAUGUCCCCAUCUUGCUGGUGGGCACCAAGAGGGACCUGAGGGGUGAUGCAGAAACAGUGAAGAAGCUGAAGGAGCAGGGCCUGGCCCCUACCACCCAGCAGCAGGGGAAUGCCCUGGCCAAGCAGAUAGGGGCUGUUAAAUACAUGGAGUGUUCUGCUCUGCUGCAGGAUGGCGUCAGGGAGGUGUUCGCUGAAGCUGUGAGAGCAGUGUUGUAUCCAGUCACGAAAAAGAACCCCAAGAAGUGUGUGCUGUUGUAAUAAACAGUUCCUAAAUUUGGACUGUAGAGAAGGAUGAUGGAGAUCCACAGAUGCAAAGGAAGGCUGAGGAACGAAGGUCGUCAUCUGGCUGCUACUAUUCCACCUUUUAGCAAUUCAGACUUUGUUUUCAGCUCCUCUGCUACUCCUCCUUUCCUUAAUCAUCUCCCGGAGGAUUUCACUCCGUUGCCAUCUUCACCAAAGUGACUGUGUCAAAAAGGCAGCAACUGACCGUGUCUCCUCUAUUUUCCUUGCAUUUUAACUUUGAUAUUUACCUUUUCCAAUUUUACAUCUUUCCUAGAUUUAUAGCUUGCCUUUAUCUGCUUUGCCUUAUACAAUGCUGAUCAUGGUUGACAAAAGCCAUAACAACAUCGAAAACCAAGCUACCCUGUUCGACUGGAGAGAAGAGAUCUGCCUUUGUUCAGGUGGAGAAAUAAUGACUACCUCAUACUCUCACCAAGGUUGCAUCUCAUGAGUAUCAAGCAGCGUCACCAUCAAGAUGGUUUGACUUGCCUAUUUAGAUGUAAUGAACCGCCAAGUAGAGGGUAAACAAGUUUUAAUUUCAAGUAGCUUGGGUCCAGAGGAGGUGUAAUGACUCCCGGACGAAUGCCAGUACCCCAUACUCAAUCUGCACAGAUAAGAGGUUAAACUGUCGAGCUGCGGCCUCCUCCCAUAGUGCUCAUUCUGGCAUGUUAGAGCUGUCUGGCAGGCUGCCCUUCCAGCCUCUUUCACUGCUCUCUCACUGCAACGCAUGGAGGAGUCAGUGGGCCUUUGAAGAUUAGCUGGUCCCAUUAAAAGCAGCCGACCAUUUGCCCCUCUUCACUAAUAGUGGAGCAGGUGUCACAAGGCCUCAGCCAAAUUAACCCUCACUGGUACAGGAUUCCUCAAAGCUGACAUAUCAGGAAGUGGAGUUGUGGUACAGCUCUCCUCUGUCUACGUCUUACUGAACGCCAUUUAAACAUGCCUAAGAAUGACUUUGACUUUGACAUGAUGGGGUCAAAGAGACUGUAUUUUUUCUAAUAAUAUUGAAUUUACUCUGUAAAUGAUUUUUUUUUUCCUUAAAUGUUUUUAACCCACGAGUGCGGUUAUGGCCAAAGUUGAAUAUAUUUUUUGUAAUAGCUCAUGUUUAUUUUUGAUCAGUAAAAUGUUUGUCUGUAAUAAGUAAUACUCAGAUUUGAUAAAACCACAACUCAACAAUGCCCCACUUGUCACUUACAUUGUUGCCUUACAUUUCAGAUCAGCAAUUUAUGACCACUGUAGAACUAAUACAGCAUAGCAUAUGAUACCAGAACAUGUUUCACCUGUACACUUCUAUUCCUUUAAUCUAGGUUGUGAAAGAUAAUUUCAUUUUGGAUAGAGCGUUGUGUAGUAGCUGCCCGGUCAGUUUGUCUGUGCAACAAUUCACAAUACGGAAGGAGCCUUUAAUUUGGUCAGGUGCCUUAUCUAAACCAAAGACCAUGGCUGUGCUCCCCAAAGGUUAUUUUUUAAUGAUGCAAAUACCACCAAGACCUUUUGAAAUGCAGGUCGAACCAACUCGGGGUUUCAUUUUUGUAGUUUUUCAGAAGCUCUCUGCCUUCGUUUCUGCCAGUAAGCGCACACACACACACACACACACACACACACACACACACACACACAAACACACAAACACACAAACACACAAAGCUCCUGCAGCCCUCUGAGAAAGUCACAGGUGCUAAACUGACAUCUUCUGCCACACAUCUAUGUGCGUUUGUGAAAAGGAGCAGAUGAAGCGCAGUGGCCCACAGCUCUUAACUGAGUGUGGUUUACAUCCUUGCGUUGCAUGCUGCAGUGAGGGAUCAGGCACAAGCACAACUUGCACACACAGUUAGCAAGAGCUGCAUUUGUGGAAAGUGCCUUGUCGCAUCUGAAGAUUUUUAUACAUUUUAUAAAAUAUUUUUUAGUAACGACUGGUUGCAAAUUUGUGCUUACAGCCGCCAGUAAUACCAGCAACCCUUUUACUAUAGUUAUUUUCAUGUACUCAACCUCGAGCGGAGUGUAUUAUAAGACAACCUAGAUGUGGCCUGUGUAAAGUUUAGAAGAACCGAAACGCAACACGAGCAGGAGAAUUUUUUAACAACAGUGAUGUGGUUUGAGAUCUGCCAAAGGAUGUGAGAAUUUCUGCGAUCGGUGUGUGUGGAGGGUUGAAUGUAAGUGCAUAACAUGUCAAACUGUCAACUGUGGUGAGUUAGUAUUUUUGCCGUGUCCUGAUUUCACUCAGAUAAUGCUGUUGAAGUGGAACAUACACCUGUGGGCUCUCUUGUCUGUGUCCCGGAGCUGUAUGCUACCGUGUGCGUGGUACUACGCUUUUACACUGGGAACUUGAUUUGUAGAAAUCUGUUUGUAAUUGUUUUAUAUAUAACAAAAGCAUAUUUGUAUAAAUGAACUAACAGUGAGAUGAUUUUAAAUUAUGCCAAAUAAAAAUGGUGGUUAAACCAGGCACUGUUUGAUGACA